AUGGAAAAUAAAAAAGAAGAAAUCAGAAGGCACUAUAACAACAUUAGGGAAAAAGGAAAAGAAGGCCGACAGAAGAGUAAGGCCAUAAAUAUCAGGAAUACAAACAAUUUCAUCAAAUCUUGUCUUAUAAGGCUAUACACAAAGAAAGGAGACAGUGUUUUAGAUCUUGGAUGUGGCAAGGGAGGAGACUUGUUGAAAUACGAGAAUGCGAACAUUAGCGAGUAUUAUGGAAUUGAUAUUGCAGAGGUGUCAAUAAAUGACGCACGGAUAAGAGCAAAGAACAUGAAGAGGAGGUUCAAGGCUUCAUUCAAGGCUCAGGAUGCAUACGGCCAGGAGAUAGAUCUCGGGAAACAAUUUGACGUAGUGUCUUCCCAGUUUAGCUUCCAUUAUGCCUUUUCUAGCAGUGAGACUCUAAGUAUAUCGGUAGGAAAUGUUGCACGGCAUCUGAAGCCAGGUGGGUAUUUUAUUAUGACCAUUCCAUCCAGGGAUGUUAUUCUUAGAAGAUAUGAACAGGAUAGAAUGUCUAAUGAAUUCUAUAAGAUCGAAAUCGAUAGGAAAGAGUCCAUUCCAAAGGAAGACAUCAAGGAAUAUCGAUUCACCCUGGUGGACUCGGUAAAUAACUGUAUUGAGUAUUUCGUUGAUUUCCCUACCAUGGUAAGUGAAUUCAAGAAGUUAGGAGUUGUGUUGGUGGAAAGAAAAGGGUUCAUUGAUUUCCUUGAAGAGGAAAGUAAAAAGAACCUUGAGCUAUUUAGGAGAAUGAAAGUUAAAUGUCUAGAAAAAGGAGAAUUAGAAGUUGUUGGGAUUUAUGAAGUUAUCGUUUUCCAAAAGCUAAGCCCGAAGGAAGAGUCAAGUGUUCAAUAA